AUGGCCUCAAAAAUCACAGUCGCCGGAGUGCGUACCAACGUACAACAACUCCUUCAGUACUCCCUCGAGACCAAGAAGCGCAACUUCCUCGAGACCGUCGAGCUCCAAAUCGGCCUCAAGAACUAUGAUCCUCAGCGUGACAAGCGUUUCUCCGGAACCAUUCGUCUCCCAGUCGUCCCCCGCCCCGGCAUGAGCAUUUGCAUUCUCGGUGACCAGCACGAUAUCGAUCGUGCGAAGCACGGUGGUGUCGACGCCAUGUCCGCCGAUGACUUGAAGAAGCUCAACAAGAACAAGAAGCUUAUCAAGAAGCUUGCCCGCAAGUACGAUGCCUUCAUCGCUUCCGACACCCUCAUCAAGCAGAUCCCCCGUCUCUUGGGUCCCGGUCUCUCCAAGGCUGGUAAAUUCCCCACCCCAGUCUCCCACAACGAGGAUUUGAGCGGCAAGAUCACCGAGGUCAAGUCCACCAUCAAGUUCCAACUGAAGAAGGUUCUCUGCAUGGGUGUCGCUGUCGGAAACGUCGAAAUGACCGAGGACCAAUUGAUCUCCAACAUCAUGUUGGCCAUCAACUACCUCGUGUCUCUCCUGAAGAAGGGAUGGCAAAACGUUGGCAGCUUGACGAUUAAGGCUUCCAUGUCUCCCCCCAAGCGUGUCUACUAG